UGGUAGUCGUUGUGGUUUUGCCUUUGUGAAAGUCGUGUAUAGAGAAAGAUAAGCUUUUAAAGAAACACGUCACCACAUCACUAGAAAUGUUCCUCCUCAGAACAACCACCGCCACCACCACGCCGGCCUCUCUCCCUCUCCCUCUCCUCUCCAUCUCCUCCCACCUUUCUCUCUCUAAGCCCUCUUCUUUCCCGGUAACCUCCACAAAACCUCUCUUCACCCUUCGCCACUCCUCCUCUACCCCCAAAAUCAUGAGCUGGCUAGGCAGGCUAGGGUUCGGUACGCGCACCCCCGCCGAUGCGUCCAUGGAUCAGUCCUCUAUUGCUCAGGGACCCGACGAUGACAUUCCGGCACCCGGUCAACAGUUCGCUCAAUUCGGUGCGGGUUGUUUCUGGGGCGUCGAGUUAGCGUUCCAGAGGGUUCCAGGUGUUUCGAAGACUGAAGUCGGUUAUACACAGGGAUUUCUCCAUAAUCCGACCUAUAAUGAUAUUUGCUCCGGUACUACCAACCAUUCGGAGGUUGUUCGCGUUCAGUAUGACCCCAAAGCUUGUAGUUUCGACAGUUUGCUUGAUUGUUUCUGGGAGAGGCAUGAUCCUACCACACUUAAUCGUCAGGGGAAUGAUGUUGGAACACAAUAUAGAUCUGGGAUAUAUUUCUACACACCUGAGCAAGAAAAAGCAGCAAUAGAAGCAAAGGAACGACACCAGAAGAAACUGAACAGAACAGUUGUGACAGAGAUCUUGCCUGCAAAGAAGUUCUACAGGGCAGAAGAGUAUCAUCAGCAGUAUCUUGCAAAGGGAGGUCGAUUUGGGUUCAGGCAAUCUACUGAGAAAGGUUGCAAUGACCCUAUUCGUUGCUAUGGCUAAUCUGAUCUGUGUCUAUUUGGAACAUGGUAAAUUUUAUAAUCAUGAAUGUAUAAUGAUUGUUGAUAUGUGUCUUGAAGUUUGAAUGAUUUUGGGUGUCCUAUAGAACAUAUUAUUUAUGUGUAGUGAUGGAUGAAAAUAAACAUAAACAAAGGUUUUACUA